CAAUCGUCACGAGCCAAAGGUCAGCCAAUCAGAUGAGCGGAAGUUUAACGUUGCGGUAAUCCGGUUCAGACAUGACAAGUGCGGCCGACAGAACCUGAACUCAGUCUUGAUUUUCUGCCCUAUAGGCGCUGAAAACUGCACCCUGCAGUGUCUCGCCGCCGAACUGGAUGUGUGUGCUUACUGCCAUGGUGGACUGAGAUGUGUUACGACGAGAAUCUUCUGCGCCGGAGGAGAAUUGUCCCUUUGUGAGCUAGUUUGGUCCGUCAGUUAGUGGUGAUGUUGUGCACGGGGCUGGAGGAGCAGCAGCAGCAGCAGCAGCAGCAGCGAGUAGCCUGACGCGUCUUCACCGCAGGCCGGGACGAACCCUUCAGCUGAGUCCAGAGGAACAAGAAAACCAAAUGGGAGCCGCCAAAGCUUGCAGAAACUUCUGGUAAUAACCGGGUACUUGGAUACAGUUAGCCUGCCCCCACCAAUUCCUGCUGAAAGUGAGACCCAAACAGCUUUCACGGUGGAAACGAGAAGAAGAGCAAAGAUGAAUGCUGUGCGGGGGGGCACAGUCACCUGGCGUCCCCAGCCGUGGCAGGACGGGGAUGGGGGAGGAGGGGAGCCUCUGUCGGACAGUGACUCAGAGGAGGAGGACUUCCCUGAUGACAGCACCACCCCCCUGGGAGACUACAUCACACAUGGACUGAAGCAGCUCCUGGAUGCUCAGCAGCUGUGUGAUGUCACUCUACUUGUGGAGGGAAAGAAGUUCAUGUGCCACAGAGUCCUCUUAGCAGCUGUGAGCCCCUACUUCCGGGCCAUGUUCACCAGCCCACUGGUGGAGUCGCGCCUCACCGAGAUCCGUCUGGAGGAGGUGACGCCGUCUGUCAUGGAGACUGUCAUCCAGUUCGUGUACACUGGUGAGGCUGGGCUCUCUCUGGACACAGCUGAGGAUCUGUUUGUGGCCGCCAACCGGCUUCAGGUCAUGCCACUUCAAGAUCUGUGCUCCAGGUUUCUAUUUGAGCACCUCUCGGUGGAUAACUGUCUGGGGAUGUACUCUCUGGCUCGCUCUCACCACGACCAGCUGCUGCUGCGUGCCUCCCUGCGGCUGGUAGCGCAGCAUUUCCCCCGGGUGGCCCGACAGAAAGACUUCCUCCUACUUGACCACGGCACAUUGGGCAGCCUCCUGAGCUCAGACCGCCUGGGAGUGGACUCCGAGGCGGAAGUCUAUGACGCGGCCCGCCGCUGGGCAGAGCACCAACCCUUGGACCGCUACGUCCACAUGCCGGCGCUUCUUCACCACCUGAGGCCCGGGCUGUUGUCCCAGGAAGAAAGCCGAAGACUGAGCCAGGAGUUGGGGCCCGCUGCGGCUGGUGAGGGCCUUGGGGGGCCUCUGAGACCACGGGAGGGAAUGUUUGAGAAAAAGAUUGUCUGUGUGGACCUGACACCUCGGGAGGAUGAGAAUUUAGCUGCAAGAGACUACACAGUGGACUGCUUUGAUCCUCGGACAGGGAAGUGGGAGAAGUUAGCAGCGCUGGAAUCACUCGUCAGUCCCGGCUGCACUGCAGUCGGUGACAGGCUGUUUGUAGCUGGUGGGAUCCUGCGGACAGGCUCUGUGUCUGCAGCGGUGCAUGAAUAUGAUGCUGUGUUGGACCGCUGGAUAGAGCGGCCUUCAAUGGUCCAGCCCAGGGCAAUGCUGGGCCUGCUGGGCUGUGGAGAGUCACUCUAUGCCUUAGGUGGCAGUAACCGCUCGGCCCUGAUGGACUCCAGUGAGACCCUGGAGCUGACUACACUACAGUGGGCUCCGGGGCCUCGGCUACCGCUACCUCUGCGCGCCUUUGCCUGCGCAGCGUUACGUGGACGACUUUACCUUCUGGGUGGAACCACACUAGAACAGAACCGGGCUGUGGUCCACUCGGGCGUGCUUAUUUAUCACACCCUAACAGACUGCUGGACACGCGUGGCGCUGGACUCCGGCGCCACCUGCCUUGCUGGAGGAGUAGCAGUGCGAGGGGGAGUCUGUGCAAUCGGGGGAUACAUGAGGGAUACCACCAAGUUCCUGGAUGGAAACUACACUAAUCUGGAGACUUUAGACGCCACUGGCCGUGUUCUGUUUUUCAGAGAGGGAAGGGGGUCUGGGGUAGAGAGGGAGGUGACUGGGGGCGGGGUGAUGGUUACUGCAGAGCAGCGGGGGGGUGCAGGUGGCGGAAGCGACCGAGCCCCAAGCCCUGUGGUAUUUCCCGGGCUGCCGCGGCGGAUAGCAGCUGGGGGCGUGGCCAGGUGGAAAAGGAGGAUUUAUGUGCUGGGUGGAGAGAACGGCUCACGGUUCUAUGACAGUGUGUACUGUUGGAAGCCCGGCUGGCGCAGCUGGGUCCAGAGACGUGAAAAACUCCCCGGGGAUACUGGAGGAGUGAGCCAGUUUGGGUGCACCACUCUAAAAUUCCCUAAGAAACACAUCCUGUCCAGACUGAGACUAGCCAAAGAAAACUGCAAGAAGGCCGCUGACUAGCCUGACAGGGACCAGUGUGACUGAAGUCGAGGCAGCUGUUCAUGUGACACAGAGAUGAGCUCCAGGCUGGGUUUAAAUUAACUCCACCUCGACCUCAUGAAAUGUUGGUGUUGACAUGAAGUCACAAGGAAGAGACCAUUUUUUUACAAUAACAGAGCAGCCACAGAGCAGAAUACUAACGGACUGGACGCAGACAGAUCUUACAAAAUUUAUUAUGGAUAGUCAAAUUUACAGGUAGAGAGCAAGUGGAGCCAGAAAUUGGUUAAAAACUGGCAACAUGCACCUGAAUGUAACCUAAUCCACUUGUACACGGCUAAGUCCUUUGAGAGAGAGAGAGAAAGGGGCCUUUUGAUUAUAUUCCCACAGUGUAAUGUUGUCAGAUUUUUGCUGGUGUAAUAUUUUCUAUCAUUUCAACGCUGUGAAUUUUUCAGCAGUUUAGACACAAGGAUACCUGCACAUUUCUGACGAGGCUUUGUUUCACUUAUUUGCCUGAACUAAACGGCCUGAACCAAAAACAUGUGCAGCAGUGGAUAAAUAGCUUCAGUCUGAUUGUUUGCAGCACACCCUGGAACCUGCACAGAACAUCCUGUUGCAAAGUGUUGAUAGCAGUCUCUUCUGUCAAUGAACUCAAUUCUGUUUGUCCUUUUGAGUAAUUCUCAGAAAACAAAGGUUUUAUGGUGCAACCUUGUGUUUUGGCUUUGUGUUCAGAGACAUAAACAUUUCUACCUUUUUUUCUCCACUUGAAAUGUUGUAUCCUUUCCAUUUUCUGAACUGCUAAACUGUCUCAUAGCAUUGCUUUGCUGCUUUGUCUCCUGCUCUCUUGCUGCUACCUGUUAUCCCUGGAGGGAUUUUCCCUCCUUUGUAAUCCUUCACAAACUCUCAAAUAUUUUUUCCUUUUCCACAAAUGUCAGCCUGUAAAUUCCCCUAAAAUUGUUACUGCAAUUAAGGGCUAUACAGAUGAACUAGACUUGAAAUGAAACACAUCACAUAAAACAUAUCAGAACAUUUUUCAACUGCUGGUAUGUAGGUGGAUUUUUACCAUCAAUGUUUUUGUUUUUAAUCCAAUGUGACAAAGUAGAAACAAAAUUUAUUCAUCAGGUUUUGUCACAUUUACUGCCACAAUUUAGCAGCCGUAAUCUGUAUGAAUUAACAAUCUGAUUUACAACAUUUAGCACACAUUUUAUGACUCAAUUCAUCAACCAGCGAGGAAGUGGACUUCCUAUUCUGUCUGUCUUUGGCUCACAUUUUGAAGCCCAUCCAAGACGAGACCGAUCCCAGGAAAAGUUGGUCCCUGUGCUGAUCUUCCCACCUCAACAGAGGACCUCAGUCCAAUCCUUUAUAAAAACAGACAACCUCGAGUGUUUGGUACAACUUGUCGCUCUGAUUGGCUCAUUCAAACCCCUGUGUGCUGAGAACAGGCCCAAGACUGUCUUUUAACUUGGCAAAAACUGUGCUUUUAUGCAUGUUUUGAAUGUUCGUAUAAAGGCGCCGCCAAGUCAAAGAGGUGGAACAUAGCAUUGGGAGAAAUGUGCAGAUAGGGCUGGAUAUGACAGUCAGAACACCUUCCUCUCAUAUCAAUAUAUGACAAAAUGCCUUUUACGGAUGGAAAAUCAUGUUUCAAGGUGAUCUGGUAGAUCUUCAUGACACUGUACUGCAGAGUGAAGAAGUGCAGGAACUGUCAUUUUUAGCUUGAGAUGGAAAAAUCAUUCUGGAGAAAAUUUGACAAAUUAAUUGGUUUGUAUUGUUAGUUUUGACAGCAGAUUUGUGUAUCUUUAUUCACAGUAUUUUAAAGAUCCCACUGUACAUUUACAGUGAUAGGUGGUAACCGCGUCAAUAUGACUUAUGUUUGUGUCUGGACCAUCUUUCCGAAACAUUCAAGCCAGGUGAACAGUUGUUUUUACUUGAUCCAGCAGUCGUGUCAAAAUUACAUUUUUCUUUCAGAUGCUCCAGCCUUUGGACUUGUGAAUGUGUUUGGCACGGAGGUUAUGACUUAUCUGAACACAUUAGCAUUGCACAUUAUUUAUUGAAAUGUAUUUUUAAGGUUUUUUUGUUGUUGUUUUACGAUGGUAACUUGCUCUGACUGCAGUGUAGGAAGCCCAGCCGUGCUGUAGGAUGCAGUUAUAAUGUAGGUGUAGACAGACCUGUCGAAAAGGAGCAUAUGUGUUUAGAUCUCAAAGUGACUCAAUUCUGAAAUUUUGAUUUUAUGAGAAGUUUUUCCCAGAAAUGUAAGCACAUUGUUUUGCUGUAAGCCGCUAUGUUUUCUUUAAUCUUUUCUCUUCUGUUUCCCUCUUUUAUUUAUUCAAAUUGACCGAAUCCAGUAACUUCUGGGGGAGAAACGUGCAUAUGGAAAACACUGCCAGCUGUGCCUGAAAUCUGAACAUCACUGAAAGAUGUCCAUGACAUGGGUUUCAAAUUAUAAGCGGCUGGGAAUUAUUUUUGGGCGUUAAUCAACUCACAUCAAUUGGCAAUUUCAACAAAGUUUUCAUUACUGCAAGUCAGGUAUUUUCAAACCUUACUUUAAAUUAGUGAACAUGGAUACAGUUUAGAUACUGUACAGGAAACAAACAGGAAGUGAAGAUGGAUACAGGAUGUGCCUCUUUAGUGGCAAAGUUGCAUUUUUAGUCUUAACUCUCUCUCACUCUUACUCCUGAGAUAAUACAAAGUGUGACUGUACAGGAGUAGAUUUAGUGUUAGUCUGAAACUUGAGAAUUUAAAUCAGUAGAAAAGCAUUGAUCUAGUGAGGAAACGUCAAGUUUUUUUUCACACAAUUUAACCAGCUGAAUCUAAAUUCAUGUAUAUUCCCAAAAGAGAUAUAAAUGUUUGUCUCAUCAGUCUAGGAUAACCUGAAUCAACCAAACCGAAAAGUGCAUUUCAUAAUUUUCAGUCAAACCAUCCUCCCAUUUAAAACUUUCCAGAGUUAUAAUGACUCAGUUUCCCUUGAGAACAGAAGAGUGGAACUUCCCCAGUUUUCCAGCCAACAGCACAUUUAACAUCACAGAUAACAACAUGGUUCUAGUCACAGAAACUCAGCGACACAGCUACUGUAUCAGCGAACAUCUUAAUUACAACAUGAUGAUCACUGCUGGUCUGUUUUAAUACAUGACACAUGACAUAGUUUAGUUUAUUCCAUUGUAUGUAAUUGAUACGUAAAAUGAAACAAUAUUCCAGGAUCUUGGAUUUCAAGAGGAUAAGUAGCAAGAACAUUAAUUUGUUAAAGUUUUUUUUCAUUCACUACAGGUUUUUAUUUGUCAUGAGUUGUGAGCUUGUGUUUCUAGAAAACAUCCAUGACACACUGUCUUGUUCCCCCCAAUAACAUGCUCUGAAUUCUCACCCAGAAAUGUUAAAGAACUGGAUUUUCUUUUUCUUUUUAUUCUUUUUUUGUUUGUUUGUUUUUCUCCUUCGUGUGCUUACAGCUUGUAUGACAUGUGAAAAGUGAUUGUGUUUGCAUGCAUGUUUUCUAUGCCGAGACGUAAAUCUGUUCAACACGAGCUCUUUGCACACAUGCACACCCACGUUACUGUGUGUCCAUUCAGAGAAGUGAAGCUGCCCUCAUUUGUACAAUCUAAUGAAGUUUGUCAACUGAAAGGCAAAUGGAUGUUUUGAUGAAAGCAGUGCUAUCAAACAAUUAAAGGACUAUUUGCUUA